UGCCGCCAUCGCUCUCGCACGCUCUCGUCCACACGCGCGGAUCGCGCCCCCCCUUCGACGACCGCCAAACUCCACGGUCGUCGCUGCUGCUUCUUCAUCGGAUCCCGCUCGCCCACGACCGCCGGCUGAACCUCCAUGUCUUCGCUCCCUCCGUGCCGCCCUCUCCGCUGGAGCUCGUGCUCCGCCGCGCCGGCCGCUCCUCCUCCUUCUUCCCGUCCGUCGCGGACCGGCGCGUUCCCGCGGAGCCGCGGCCGCCGGCGCUCGUCUCGACCUCGCGCGCUCUCCGUGAGGGCCGAGGCCGGCGUCCUGAAGGAGGACGUCGUCAUCGUCGGAGCCGGCAUCGCGGGCCUCGCCACCUCGGUGUCGCUUCACAGGCUUGGAGUCAAGUCCCUGGUGCUCGAGCAGGCGGAGUCGCUCCGGACUGGCGGGACCUCGCUUACUCUGUUCAAGAAUGGGUGGCGAGUGCUGGAUGCCAUUGGGGUCGGGAGCGAUCUCCGGAGUCAAUUUCUUGAAAUCCAAGGGAUGGUAAUAAAAUCAGAAGAUGGGAGGGAGCUCCGCUCAUUUCGGUUCAAGGAUGAGGAUGACAGCCAAGAGGUCCGUGCAGUGGAGAGGAGAAUACUUUUGGAGACUUUUGCUGAUCAGCUACCACCUGAGGCUAUCCGAUUUUCAUCAAAGCUAGCAAAGAUUGGCAGAAGUGAAAAUGGAGAAACUCUGUUGGAACUUGUGGAUGGGACUCGUCUAUCUGCAAAGAUUGUGAUUGGCUGUGAUGGUGUUCGAUCUCCAGUAGCUAAAUGGAUGGGCUUCUCCGAGCCUAAGUAUGUUGGCCAUUGUGCUUUCCGUGGUCUAGGAUUUUAUCCUGAUGGUCAACCGUAUGAACCACGGGUGAGUUACGUCUACGGUAAAGGGUUGCGUGCCGGAUAUGUCCCAGUAUCUCCAACUAAAGUUUACUGGUUUGUCUGCUUCAACAGCCCUUCUCCAGGUCCAAAGAUCACUGAUCCGUCCAUAUUGAAGAAUCAGUCACAAGAACUAGUUCGAAACUGGCCUUCUGAGCUAUUGAACAUCAUAGAUCGCACUCCUGAUGACACAAUCAUUCGGACUCCGCUGGUUGAUCGGUGGCUGUGGCCUGCGGUAAGCCCUUCUGCUUCAUCUGGCAGCGUAGUGCUGGUAGGGGAUGCAUGGCACCCAAUGACGCCAAAUCUCGGGCAAGGCGCAUGUUGUGCUCUGGAGGAUGCAGUUGUUCUGGCUAAAAAACUCGCAGAUGCAAUUAAUUCUGGGAAUGGAUCAGUUGAAGGCGCACUAAAAUCAUACGAGAGCGAAAGAUGGCCCCGUAUCUUCCCUUUAACAAUAAGGGCAAACCUGGUAGGCUCGCUUCUGCAGUGGGAAAACCCAGUUGUUUGUUCUGUUCGGAACAAUGUGGUCAUACCUAAGCUGAUUAGGAUUGGACCUAUGCUAGAACACACAAAUUUUGCUUGUGAGCGUCUGUAGAAGGGGAAAAGUCGCUCAUGCUAUGCCCAGGAAGCCGCUUUCAGGAGUCAUCCUUGGAGUUGCACCCUAUCGUUAGGUGAUCACGGACAUUCCCAUUCUGUUGGGGAACGACUUAUAUAAGUGUACAUUGCAUGUUUUUCACAUGUUGAUGUACCUGCAUAUCAUGGACGAAUCAAAUGUACAAAGGAAAAUUCCUACUUCCGUCCGA